GACGGUGGCGGUUCAUCAAUUGGAGAGGGUUUUUGCUUCACCAAAUCGGAGAUUGAAGUGGUCAAUUCUCGAAUUGUUUGGUUUAAUCGUUUCUCUAGGUGAAGGGUUUAAAGACAUGAUGAAGAGAAGAAGGACGGAUCUGAAAGAAGCGGAGUCAGAGCAGGGGAGCAUUGCCCAGGCCGUCUCUCUCAGAGAUUCCGAUCAAAUUCAGAUAUAAUAAAUAAAUUAAGCCUCCUUUAUUAUUAUUUGGGUUUCACGCCAAUUCAUAGCGCUUCCUUGUGAUCAAUGGCUUGGCUAGGUUUGUAUCAUCUAUGUACACUUAACUUUAAUUUAAACUUCUUUACUUGCUUUUUUCUACUCUUGAAAGUUAAUGGAUGCAAAAGGAGAGAACACAUUAGCAUUGUUCCCUGCCGAGUUUCGUGAGAACAUUGAUCUUGUGAGCGAGAUUCUUAUGAGAUUGCCAGCAAAGUCCAUGGUUAGCUACAAGUGCGUCUCGAAGCAGUGGUCAUCCCUCAUCUCUUCUCGAUAUUUUUGCAACCGUUUAUUUACUACGGUCACGCGACAGAAACAACAACCACAUAUGUACAUGUGUUUAGUGGAUGAAGGUGGCAAACGUGUGCUGCUAUCAAUAUCUCCGGAAAACAACAACACUUGUUAUGUGGUCGACCAAGAUUUGAGCAUCACAGGGAUGGGAGGCUUCUUCUUGAAUCUUGUCCGUGGCUUGAUGUGUUUCUCUGUAAGAAAAAAGGCAUGCAUCUAUAACCCCUCCACCAGACAGCGCUUGACCUUACCCGCCAUAAAGUCCGACAUCAUUGCUCAACAAGGUGGUGAUCAAAGGAAGGAUACCCAGUAUUACAUCGGACACGAUCCUUCUAACGAUCAAUACAAAAUAGUCUGCACGGUUGCGAUAUCCUCUGCAUUUUUCGGAAAUGUUAGGUCAGAGCAUUGGGUCUUUGUACUAGAACCUGGAGGUUCGUGGAAAAAGGUUGUUCCGCCCAAAAAUUACCAUCCUCAUGCUCCUCCCACAGUAGCACACUUUAUCAAUGGGUCGGUAGUGUAUUAUAUGGCUUGGCUUGAUAUGGAAACUUAUGCUGUUGUCAGUUUCAACAUUACGUCUAAAGAGUUGACUACCAUCCUAGUACCUCAGGAGGCCGGGGAUGUGGCUCUGCCUGCAGCUAGGAUGAAGGCUGGUCUUAUCCAGUACGGUGGGGAAAUAGCUGUUUUCGAUCAUACCCGCCUCGAAGAUAAGUGUUUGGUGGAUUUAUGGGUAUUGAAAGACGCGGGGAAUAAGCAAUGGUCGAAGAAGAGGCUUUUUUUACAGCCUUGUCAAAAGCAUCUAGUCCAUGACAUUGAACUGAUCGUUAAAGGUACAACUCGAGAUGGCAAGGUUAUCUUGGCACCGGUGGAGAUGCAUUCUAAGUUCUUUAUAAUGUUUUACGAUAUGGGAAGCAAUGACCUGAGUAAGGUUGAAAUCAAAGGAGUGCCACACAUUUGGUUUGAUAAGGACUGCUAUUUCGACUUCAAAUACUCUAUGGAUGAGAGUGAGGACGUCAUCUACUUGGAAACUUGACCAUUGUGACUUUGUUUGUUUAGCUAAGCUGUUUAAG